AUGCCUCCCAGAAAGAAGACCAAGCGCGCGCACUCGCCCACACCUCAAGAUGAUACCGCGCAAUCAAGCGCUGAUACCCCGUCAAGCGACAGCGCCGGCAAGCCAGACACAGACUACGACCUCAUCUCAGAUCCGUGGACCGACGAGCAAGAGACAGCACUUCUCAAGGCAAUUAUUAAAUGGAAACCUGUUGGCGUACACAAACACUUUCGAAUGCUCGCGAUUUCAGACUACCUAAAGAGUCAAGGUUAUGCGCCAUCAACGGCGGAACAUAUGCGCAUUCCGGGAAUUUGGAAGAAGCUGGGCUCCCUUUACAAUCUGGAGGCUCUGGACGAGCGGGCAAGUCACAGUAUACGUGAAGAUUCGGUGAUCACAGAUGCGAACGAUGAUGAUGACAAGUCAAGUGAGAUGUACUGUCCAUUCGAGCUUCCGUACGAUGAGUACGGCGAUAUGAUGUUUGAAAGACGACUUGCGAUGGAAGAUUCACUAUCACCCGUUGCCAGUCGCACUAGCCGAGCAGCCGAGUCACGGCGAGGAAGCACAGUGGCAGAUACAGAUGAACCGCGAUCUUCCCCUGCUCCAUCUCGAGGCCGCAACUCCAACCGAAGCGCUCGUCCAUCUACGAGAGGCACACGCUCUACCCGUCUGCAAGUUGAAAUUGACCCGGGAAGUCAGGGCAAGACAUCAGACGAAGGCGGUGAUUCGGCAGAAGAUACUGGCGCUAACGAUGAAGAUGAUGAAGGUGACGAGGGCUCUGAGGGGCACAGUGAUGAAGGGGAAGGAGGCGAGGAAGAAGAUAAAGGUGGCUCUCGAAGCACCCGAGCCCAGACGUCCCGCUCUAAAGCUAAAGAUAAGAAGCCUUCAAGUGGUACUGCGACACGCAGUUCCGGACGGCGGCGCUAA